CCCUCUUUACCGUCUGAGUCCUGAAUAACUUGGCACAGUUCCCGCUAAAUAUUGACCGCCGUCACUGGCAGAUGUUCGGGUUUGUGCCAAAGUGCCAGUCUGGGCGGAGGACGAGCGCAUGUUUUAUUUUUUUGAUGACAGGCGUAGAUAUUUCUGGCAUCCCAUGUCAAACUUCGCGUCUCAAGCUUGAAUACCUAACCUGCAUCACCUGUCUGCCAACGUACAUUAGCGAGCAAUCAACAAUGUUUAGUUGUCGAAAACAAAUCAUUCUACACAGAAAGGUAAAUAACACGCUAUCAUAAUGGCAAGCUACAGGUACAGAUGAGAGACUCAACAGAUGAAUUAAUCAACGAACGAAGUAUUUCACGAAGACUGCGCCUCUGGGUGUUCGUCAACUACCGCUAGGCGAGAUGUUCCUGCCUCCGGCUGUGACUGACCAGCCAUUGAUUUCAAUU